UCAUUGACCUUAAAUAACUUUCAGAUGGAGAAGUGAGGAAAAAAAAUGAAAAUAGAAACAGUUGAAAGUUUAGAAGAUGUAACACAGGACAAUAGCUGAAGUCACUUCCUCAUCCUCCUCUGUCUGCCCCUUCCACUCCUCCUCCCGUCUCCUACCACCUGAUUCUGAUCACCAUGCAACUCUCAUCCGCGCUCUAAAACCUCACCUCCAUCUCGCAUCCGUCAAACCCCGGUCGGUCUGACUGAGUGAGGUGAAUGAAGGUACUUUAAGGGAGCUCGUGUCAGCGGAGAUGUUGGCAGGUGUGUUAGUUCUGGGCACCAUCCUUACAGCUUUACCAGGGAUCCAGAGCAGGUGGAGUGUGUCAUUUUCCAGAAGGGAGAUCUGUGUGUGGGCAGGAACAACUGUCACUCUGCCCUGCCGUUAUGAUUAUCCAUCAGGUCACACUGUGAGGCGGGUCAUGUGGUUCCGUGUGUCUGCAGAAGGUCGCAGGGAGUUUGCUCACCACACAGAUUCAAACGAGAUCAGCCUGUCGUACCGCGGGCGCACCCGCUACAUCGGGGGCAGCUACUCCAGCUGUUCAGUCCAGAUUCGGGUAGUUAAGCUGAGUGAUGCAGGCCAGUACCACUUCAGGUUUGAAACAGACCAACCGUUGGGGAGAUGGACCUCCCCAAACACCAUCACUCUGGAUGUAACAGACCUCCAGGUACAGGCACAUCCAGCAAGACCCGCCAACAUGUUUGGCCUCGGAGAGACUGUGUUUGUAGGCUGCCAGGCCCGAGGAUGUGCUGCUCCAGGGCGGAGCCUUGCUCUGUACAGGAACGGACUCAACCUCGGCUCCUAUGAGAAAUGGAUGAUUAUCAACCGCUUUGACCAGCAACAUGCUGGAGCGUACACCUGUCGACCAAUCCCACCGCAGAAUGUACAGUCACCGUCUCUCUCACUGGCUCUGGGACAUGGUCCACGUUCCACCUCAAUCACAGUCUUCCCAGUCGGGGAGGUGACAGAGGGGGGAUCGGUUACUCUCACCUGCAGUAGUGAUGCAGCUCCACCUGUAGAGAGCUUUGCAUGGUUCAAAGACAUGGAGAGUGGCAGCAUCCCAGACAGUUUUAGGCCUCAGCUGCGUUUGUCCCACCUCAAAUACACUGACAGAGGACAGUACUUCUGCGUAGCACGUAACUCACUGGGAACAGACCGCUCCAAACCACUUCUACUCAACGUCACCUACUCUCCAAAGAACACGCGCGUGAUAGUGAGUCCUCCAGCCGACAUCAGAGAGGGCUCAUAUGUAAACAUGAGCUGCGUCAGCCACGCCAACCCUCCUGCCAGCAGGUAUGCUUGGUAUCGUAUCCUAGGUGACCAGGUGUUGGCUAAAGGAACCUUCCAGAACAUGUCGUUCCCCUCGGUGCGUGCUCACCUUGCUGGUCAGUACUACUGUACAGCUUGGAACCGGUUCGGAUACCAGACCUCCCCUGUUGCUACACUCACUAUACUUUACCCUCCUAAGAACACCUCAGUUCUGGCUCGUCCCUCCAGUGUGGUGGAUGCUGGCCGACCUUUGACCUUGACCUGCAGCAGUCAGGCAAACCCGGCAGUGGACAACUUCACAUGGCACCGCUUAGCUCUGGACGGGGGCUCUGUACAAUCGUGGGGCAGCAAGUCCGGUCCUGUCUUCACCUUCUCAGAGGUCGGCCCUCGAGAGAGCGGCCAGUACUAUUGUGAGGCCAGGAAUCGAAUCGGAGCCCACAGCUCUCCUGUCCUCACCGUACGAGUCAGAGGUCGUCUGAAGGUCAUUGCCUUGGCGUCAGCAGUAGGGGUAUCUGCUGCACUCAUCACUCUCACAGUGGCCAUUAUGAUCAGUAAGAACAUGCACAGAGUAGACAUGGAGUCAGGAGAAGGAGCUAACAAGCGUCCAUCAUUGACAGCUGACACCAUGUUCUAUGAGUCAGCCCAACAGACCUUUCCAGUGAGAAAGGGCAAGAUGUCCGACAUACCGGAGGAGCCAGAGGACUUGAGUGACAGCAGCCAUCCGGCCAUCGUUCCCCUGAAGGAUGCUCCACCAAUCACAGAAGUUGAAACUCACAACCCUGCACCCAACUACAUCACUGUCCACUACUCCAAAAGGUCCAGUGUGGACCAGGUGCAGGUCCACAGUCUGCCACUGGGUGGUGACAAAACGCACAGGGAUUCCUCCAAAGUUGUUUACACGUUACUGCAACAGACUCACCACUGACCAAGAGACAAAUCAGCUGAACAACACAUCAGCCGUCCGCAUGAGAACCGAU